AUGCCAGAACAAUCGUUAUUAACACAGGGACUUGAAUCAUUAAGCAGCACCAAGUCCAAAGCGAUCCACAGCAAUAUUAAUGAGCUAUAUGCUCUUGAUAUUGCACUACAAAAAGCGCAUGAUGAGGCAAAAUACAACGACGAACUUGGUGAAAAAGUCGUGAGCAAGUAUAAAGCCUUUUUAUCUUGUCGCCAACAACUAAUUGCUGAGCUAGAGAAAAAAAACAUUCAAGUACCUUGGCAGCUACGAAUGACAAUUGAUGAUCUCGAGCUAACGCUAACACAGCGUGAAGAGCAGAAGAAGGACAAUCUGUCAAAGACCAACACUUCACGUAUCAAGAAGAUUGAAGAACCAGUUCAAAUGGUACAGCCAGGGCGAGUGACGGUGGCGUUUAUCGGACCAACACUUGUCGCUUUAUUCAUUGCUAUGCUGUGGUACCAUUAUAACAACUAA